ACAGUCGCGGGUGACGUGCAUUCCAAGGUCUAACCUGUAUUUUGGCAUCGUAAUGUAUGUCUACGUUGUAGAGAUGGCGUCUCGAAAAAUCGUAAUCGUGGUCGUGCAUCGUGCUCGUGUUUAGAUUUCUUUCUAAAAUACAUGAGCGAUUUUAUUGAGCCAUCAGCAAGAGAGAAUUAUUGACAUAUCAGAAAGAUCCGUGGCAAGCAUUUUGUAUAACUUGAUUCGAUUGUCAAUUUCAUUUGAUCGGGUGAAAUGAACGAGGCUAAUGAAUUGCCACCAGGGACAGCGUCGCUGCUCGAAGAACUCGAGAAAAAACUUAUGGUUUUAUUGAGAGAUGGCAGAACGUUAAUUGGCUAUCUUAAAAGUGUCGAUCAAUUUGCCAACAUAGUACUACAGAGUACCAUUGAAAGAAUUCAUGUUGGUCAAGAGUAUGGUGAUAUCCCGAGAGGUAUUUUCAUAGUAAGAGGGGAAAAUGUAGUACUUUUAGGAGAAAUAGACAUAGAGAAGGAGAAGGUGUUGCCAUUAAAAAAGGUGACAGUGGAUGAGAUUUUGGAUGCUCAGAGGCGAGAACAAGAAUCGAAGCAGGAGCAGAAAAAACGAAUAAACAAAGCUCUGAAGGAGCGAGGCUUUGCAUAUAUACCGGAUUUAAGUCAUGAUGAUAUGUACUGACACACAAGUGUAUCUAUUCCUUUUUGUAUGAAUUUUAUCCAAUUAACUUACAUUAAUUAAAUAUAACUGCUGCAUGAGAUUCACAAUAGUACAUUACUUCCCGAUCGUUUAUAAUGUAAAUUAAAAAACUACAGAAUAUAUCUGAAAAUCUAUCAUUAUUAUAUGUAUUU